GAACACACAGUCAAGUUCAAGUGCAGGGAAGCCUGGUUUUGGUGGUCCUACAGCCAGGCCCCCUGGUCUCCUGCCACUGCCAGAUGGGAGCUCUGGAGAGGAACGUUGCACCUGAUGUUCGGACUGGCCAGCAGGAAGGUGAAUUCUCUGUCGUCCUUCCUGUCCCCACAGUCCCUGGCCCAGAGCGACAGCCCUGUGGUAUUGCUCCGAGACAAACAUGCCAUUCGGAACACGCUCAGCGCCCUGGGCUUGGAGCACAAGCCCGAGACCAUCCAGCUCAUCACCCGAGACCUGGUCCGGCAACUCGUCAUUCCCACCAAGGACCCCUCUGGGGAAUCCCUUAUCAUGAGUCCUGAGGAAUUUGAGCGAAUCAAAUGGGCAUCCCAAGUCCUGACCGCGGAAGAAGUGGAGGCCAGAGAGCAGAACUUAAAGAAAGAGAAGGAAGCCAUUGUGGAUGCAGUGACCACCCGCAAGAAGGUGAUGAAACAGAAAGAAAUGAUUUGGAGGAAUAACAAGAAGCUCAGUGACUUGGAGGAGGAGGCCAAGGAGAGGGCUCAGAGCCUCCUGCAGAGAGCCAGCAAGCUGCGCAUGGAGCAGGAGGAGGAGCUCAAAGACAUGAGCAAGCUCAUCCUUAAUGCCAAGUGCCAUGCCAUCCGGGAUGCCCAGAUCCUAGAGAAGCAGCUGAUCCAAAAAGAGCUGGAUGCAGAGGAGAAGCGGCUGGACCAGAUGAUGGAAGUGGAGAGGCAGAAGUCCAUUCAGCGGCAGGAAGAGCUAGACAAGAAGAGGAGGGAGGAGCGGAUCCGGGGAAGACGGCACAUCGUGGAGCAGAUGGAAAGGAACCAGGAGGAGCGGUCCUUGCUGGCCGAGCAGCGCGAGCAGGAGAAGGAGCAGAUGCUGGAGUACAUGGACCGGCUGCACGAGGAGGACCUCAGGGACCUGGAACAAAGGCAGCAGCAAAAACUGAAGAUGCAAGCAGAGAUUAAGCGCAUCAAUGAUGAAAACCAGAGGCAGAAGGCGGAGCUGCUGGCCCAGGAGAGGCUGGCUGAGCAGAUGGUGAUGGAGUUCACCAAGAAGAAGAUGGCACGAGAAGCAGAGUUUGAGGCUGAGCAGGAGAGAAUCCGGAGGGAGAAGGAGAUGGAGAUCACACGCCUGAGAGCCAUGCAGGAGAAGGUCCAGGAUUUCCAGGCAGAGCAGGAUGCCUUGCGGGCCAAGCGCAAUCAGGAGGUGGCAGACCGAGAGUGGCGUCGGAAGGAAAAGGAAAAUGCCCAGAAGAAGAUGGAAACGGAGGCCAAGCUGCGGGAGAGCCGACUGGAACAGGUGGCCUUCAAGGAGCACACUCUGGCUGUCCAAGUGCAGCGCGACCGCGACGAAUUUGAGAGGAUUCUCCGGGCUCAGAGGGAGCAGAUUGAGAGGGAGCGACUCGAGGAGGAGAAGAGGGCCACGGGGCGCUUGCAGCAUGCCAAUGAGCUCCGGUGCCAGGUGCGAGAGAACCAGCAGAAGCAGGUGCAGGACCGCAUGGCCACCUUUGAGGAGGGCCGGCGCCUCAAGGAAGAGGCCCAGAAGCGGCGGGAACGCAUCGACGACAUCAAGAAGCAGAAGCUCGAGGAGCUGAGAGCCACGGGCCUUCCUGAGAAGUACUGCAUUGAAGUUGAACGCAAAGCCAACAUCCUGCCGGUCACCUCCGUGAGCUGAGGGGAGCCUCCCUGUCUCCAGUGCCUUCGGGGACCCUAGUGCUGCUAACCCAGACUUUUUCUAUAUAGAUUAAAUCCAGUCUAAUUC